AUGAGAUCGCUCCGUUUCAUUUCUACCGAAGCCUUGGUGUCCCAUCCCCAAGUGGCCCGGGAGAACCUGGACAAUGUCGCCCACAACCUGUACCCACUCUUGUUCAAGGCCAGCUACAUGCUAGAGCGCGCAGAAGUGAUCCGCGCGGUGCUGGAACGCUGGCCCUUGGAAGAGUUCCGCCUGGCUGCGCUGCUGAGGCCCAGCGAUGACCACCCGGAGGACCUGAGUGACCGCGCCUGCAAGACUUGCCUGGAGGCCUGCGUGCAGGGCCUGGCUGACCAUGCGCGGCGGGGAAGGGGCGGCCGCCUGCGCCUGGUCGAUUUCACGGGGGUCCAGGACGUGCAGGUUCAGCGGUGCCCCUGUGGCAGGGGUCUGGGCAGGUGGGGCCGCACCGAUCUGCUGGCCAGGACCUGCUGCCAGCUGCAGGCCCAGCAGGGCACAUCUGCAUAUCCCAUUCAGGUCCUGGCGGACCUCUUUGUCACCGAGGGCAACUUUGAGGCAGUGGUGCAGGCUCUGCAGCCGCUGGGCCAGGCCCCUCUGCGGGUGCGCUGUCCCUCGCUCCGGGCAGACAGCCUGAGCCCCGGGCAGCUCCUGCAAGUGCUUUACCUGGCCCAGCCAGCUGAGCUGCGAAAGCUGGAGGUGGUGCACAACGUGCGUCUGCAUGCUGGCCACGUGCAGCAGCUGCUGGCCCAGAUGGGCUUCCCUCGGUUGACCUCUCUCACCCUGCCCACCAAGGCCUUCGAUGCACCCCCGUCCCACGUCCCACCGCCCGCGGGGGAGGACCCCCUCCUGGCCUCCAUCGCCCGGGAGCUGAGCCACAUGACCCAGUUGACAGAACUGAGCGUGGCUUUCUCGACACUGACUGGCAAAAUCCAGACACUGCUCAGUCCCCUGAGGACUCCACUGCGGGUGCUGGACUUGGCCAACUGUGGCCUGAACCAAGAAGACAUGUCCUACUUGGCGGACUGUCCCCACGCUGCCCAUCUGGAGGUGCUGGACCUCAGUGGACAUAACCUGGUCCACCUGUACCCUUCCACCUUCUUCAGGCUGCUGCGCCAGGCGGCCCAGACACUGAGGGUGCUCACCCUGGAGGAGUGCAACAUCACAGACAGGCACGUUGGCAUGAUGAUCGUGGCCCUCAGCCCCUGCAGCCAGCUCCAGGAGUUCAAGUUCUUAGGGAACCCGCUGUCAGCUCGGGCCCUGCGGCGCCUCUUCGCUGCCCUCUGCCAGCUCCCCAGGCUGCGCUGCAUUGAGUUCCCGGUGCCAAGGGACUGCUACCCGGAGGGCGCUGCCUACCCCCAGGAUGAGCUGGUGGAAUGCAAGUUCGACCAGCAGAAAUACGAUGCCAUUGCGCAGGAGCUGCGGGCCGUGCUUCUGCAGGCCAAUCGGGAGGACAUCUUAGCCUCCACCCCUCUCUCGGGAAGCUUUGACCCGGACAUCCAGGAAACCAGCCGCGAGCUUGGCGCUUUCCUGUUGCAGGCCUUCAAGACUGCUUUAGAAAACUUCUCCAGGGCCCUCAAAGAGAUGGAGUAG